GGGGGACGGAUUGUAGUACAGGCGGUUUCACUUGGCAGUCGUCCACGGGCUAGGCGGCGUCGGCUAUAUAACGCCGAGUGCUCGUCCCCCAGCCACAGUCUUCAGGAACAUCCCUCAGCGGUCGGGCGAAAGUACAGCAGAGAUGUUCGGGUCAGCUGUGUUGGGCGUGGUGGUGGCGCUAGCGUGGUCGGUGACAGCCUUGCCUGACUAUGGGGCACCACCGUCAUCAGGAUACAUCAAGGUGGAACCACUCUCCCCCUCCUACGGCCCUCCCCCCAAAGAACAUCACUGUUAUCCGAAAUACGUCACCAAGACCAUGACUAAGGAUGUGCAGGAUACCCAAGGACACUACGCCACAGUGGUGAAGGAGGUCCCCACCACCUUCUAUGCUUAUAUCACUGAGACGCUGGUGUAUCCCAAGACCAUCAUCCAGUACUCCACCAUGACGGCAUAUGCCGAGCCCAACAUCUACACGGAAACCAAAGUGUUGUAUGACACUAAGAUGGUCACCGUGCCGGUGUACAUGACUGAGUCUGCUUAUGGAUACAACACAGCCAAGCAAUACUUCACAGAAACAACGGCUGUCUACGUGACACGUACCGAGACACAAAGCUACCCGAUGACCAACACCGUCACCAAUACGGGAUACGAGACCAAGGGCUACUAUGUGACGCAGACCAAGGUGCAGCAACAGUACGUCACCAUGACAGUCACUAACCCUUACUACGUAACCCAUUACGAGACCCAGGUCAAACAGGAGUACGUGUACAACACCGUGACCCAAACAGAACACGGUUAUGUUACCAUGACAGAGUACGUCACCGUGCCUGAAUAUCACACCGUGAGCACCAAAUGCACCUCCUCCACCAUGAUGUAUGGCUACGGCUACUAGUGCCGUCACACCGCCACACUGCGCCCCACUGCGCCCCCAGCCCCCGGACACCUGCUGUACGCCCGCUGCCCGCCCGCCUGCCCGGACCCCCGCCCACCAGGCUUCACAACAGUAACCUGGUGGGCGGUAUUCCAUCUUCGCGGUCCUUGGCGGAUGCCGCGUGAUCCGGACCGCCCAUCUGGAUCACGCUGACCACAACUGUGGUCUUAAUGUAAAUAUUUUUUUUUUUUUCCAUACUGAUAUCACUUGUGUAAAAAAACAAUAAAGUUUCUCGCUAA